AUGCCAGGUGAUGUUGGAGGGAGCGGGAGGGAGGGUUCCCCCCCCCCGCUCGGUGGCCUUCCCAGCGCAGUCCGGUCGGGCGUUUCAGCUCCCCUUCUCUCUCCCCCUGCCUUUGUUCCGCAGAUUAAAUCCCAGCAGAGCGAAGUGACCAGGAUCCUGGAUGGAAAGAACAUCAAAUACAAUCUGGUGGAUAUCUCCCAGGACAAUGCCUUGCGGGAAGAAAUGAGGGCCAAAUCCGGCAACCCUAAAGCCAUUCCACCCCAGAUUUUCAAUGGGGACCACUAUUGUGGGGACUAUGAACUGUUUGUGGAAGCAGUGGAACAGAACACCCUGCAGGAAUUCCUGAAGUUAGCCUGAGCAUGCUUCUCCCGAAGCCCAGUUCUUCUCCCCCCUCUCCCCAAAAAUCCCACCCUGGACUUUGAAUUUUGCAUUCCAAAUGGACCCCGCCUAAGCCUCCCAAGCCAUCGGUGUCUCUGUCCUCACCCUCCAUGACCAAACUCGUCUCCAAAUCUUGUUGCCUGCUAUACUUUCGGUGUGGCCUCAAAAGACUUUGCAUAGUCUUCUGAAUGCAGCCAGGCCUUCCUCCUUGUGCCUCUUUUCCAAUCAAGGACCUUGGAAAGCAGAGCUUUCCCCAAUCUUUUUUUUUUAAGCCCCCUUCCUUUUCUUUUCCUCAAGUCGAACCUGCCUUUGAGAAGAAGAAGGCAGGCUGCCAUUCCUUGCUCUACUGUCCCCAGUUACCCUUCACUGUACAAAUGUUGGUUUCUGUGCCACCUCCUUCCUCCCUAAACCAGGAAAGGAGGGUGGCUGAGGCCUGCAAUUAUUAUUUUUGUUAUAUAGCCGUGCAAAAGCGCUGUGCAGGAUUUUGCGCUGAAACUUCACUCUGGGCCAGCUAGAUUGGGUGUGUCUUACAAUUACGUCUAGGGCAGCUUGGAUUGUCCAGGGAGAGCAGUUUCCAAGAGGAUGGCAAGCGCAGCUCACAUAUUCCAUUAGUGCAUUCCAACGCCAGUGUGGCAGUGGGAGGAGGAAAACCCUCCCGAGGAAAAAGAGAAGUACAUAUGAUUUUAUACUGUUCUCGGCUCAUCUGUUCCAUGUUUUUCUCUCUCUCUUUUUUUUGGAACUGCCUUUUUGAAAACACGGACAAAGUGCAUCUUCUUGGUUGUUGGUUUUUUUUUCCUUGCUAAAAGCAAUUUGUAAACAGCCAUCUCUUCUGAGAUGCUAUUAAAUGUUGCUAAAAACCUCA